AUGGCGGCUGACGUGGAAGGCGUGCAGCGGCUGCUGGAGGAGCUGCAUCGCCACAGCAGAGAAAACUUUCCGGACUCGGAGAUCAAUGACCCCGCCGCGCUGGUGGAGCAGCUGAGCAUCGCAGUCCUCGCCCUAGACCCACGAUCCCCGGGGCAAGAGGCGGAUGUGGCUCUUUUCGCUUCCUUCGUGUUCGAGUCUCAGGCCCCGCGAGACCUGCUGUCGUUCGUAACCGACACCAUCAACAGUUCCGCCAAGGUUACCAAGAAGUCGAGGAUGGCGGCUCUGAAGGUCGUGGGGAAUUUCUCGAAACGCCUCAAAGGAACUCCAGUCAUCGAUCGCUAUGCGCAGAGGAUCAAGGACGACACGUGGGCUGUGUUUUCCAAAGAAAGAGAGUCUCAGGAAGUCAGGGCACACGCCCUCAGGCCGCUCCGGGCGCUGCUCAAGCUCCGAUCCCCUAACCUCGCCGCCGAGAAAUGGAACGUCGCUGGCAUGUGGGCAACCAUCAGGGAGCAGUACUCGCUGGGUACCAGCAAGAUUUCGCAGAGCUGCAAGGGGGAGUUGUUGAAGCUGGCAGGCAGUCUGGUCCUGGUGUACGGGCGUGACGUGCCGGAGCUGGCGGAGGGGGUGAAGAUUAUGCUGGGCUGGUGCGACGCAGCUCUGAACGACAACGCAAAAAGCCAGAAGCUGGGCAAGGCCCUCCAACCGCAGAUCGUGGCCGGAGCGCUUGCUUGCAUCGACCUCUUGUGCUCCGCCGGGUUCGAGGAGCGGUACACCUACAAGGCCGGGGAAAGCGCCUCCAAGCCUAACACCAAGCUAUACAUGCACCUGCUGAGGGCGGUGCAAGAGGGUUCGGCGCAGGACCUGAGCCGGUUCGAGGUCCCCGCGAAGGCGCUCCGCUUCUUUCGGCGGCACGCGAGGCUGUUCUCGGACAACAUCGGUCCGCUGUCGAGAGCCCGGCAGCUUUACGAUCUUAUGGAACAAUGUGCAACCGCCGGCGGCCGGAGCUCGAGACUCAAGCUUAAGAAGCACGCCUUGCCUGCCAUCGAGGCUACCCUGAGAGAGGUAGCGCGAUAUACAGCUUCUAGGCCGGCGAACAAGGAUACGCUUGACAAGCUUGAGGGCACCUUCCUCAAGCUUCUGGAAGGCGCGAAACCGUCUGCGGAGGAGGUUACGGUGGCUCUGGCGGGGCUUGCCGCACUCUCCCCCGCCGCGACGGCACUCAGCUCCUACCAGGAUGCCGCCGAUGUAGCCGACCGCCUCCUGGUCUGCCUGGACGCCGCGCGUGGCCAACUGGAUGAGGUUGGAUUCGCGGGCGAAGAUUCUGACGAGGAAGACGGCGGAAAUGGAUCGCCCGGCGCCAGAGGGACAGAUUCCUACGGGAAAGACAAGUCCCUGAAGCUCGAGGCCCAGUUCCUCCGCACCCUGGCGUGCAGAGCGGGAGUCCUGGGAGGCGUGUUCGCACGAGAGAGGCAACAAGGGGACGCGUCCCCGGGGUUAACAGGAGGAGGCGACGGCGUCGUGGGAAUGGACGUCGAUGAAGAAGGAGGCCCCGUCGCCGGGAAGGGGAAGGGUGGGGGGGUGAGGGGAGGCGUGCCGGGAGGCAUGGGCGGAGCCGUCCCGGGACACUUGAUGAGGCGCCUGCAGAGCCUGUCCUUGCGGCUGGUCGAGAACUACGCGCUCCUCAGCAGUAAGGACAGGGGCCUCGCCUGCCAGGGGCUUUGCCAGCUGUGGCUGGCGUUGUCUGGGCCCGGGCAGGGCGACAACCUCUCCCGCAUGCUCGGCGUCGUAGUCCAGAAAGGGGUAAGCCUCGCAGGUACGAUGGAAAACCCGGGGGGCGGUAUAGACGAAGCUGGGGAGCCGAGCGACGCGCCGGUGAAGUGGGUAGCUCCUGUCGAUCCCGUCACGGGCGCCGUGGACGCGCGUCUCUGCUUCUUGUACGCUGACCUGUGGAGGCGUGUUGUGAACCCGGGGUCGGCGGAGCUUGAGCCCCUGCAAGCGUGGGAGGCGCUGCCUGGAUCUGGGGCGGCGGCGGCGGCGGCGGCGGCGGCGGCGGCUGUGUCGGGGGUGUCGGGGGUGCUGUAUCGAGACGCCAUCGCCCCCGAGGUGUACGAUGCUGUGCUGGGCGCCGUGCUGACGGCGGUGAAGAGGCUGGAUCUACGCUACACCUACGGCACCCCCGAAGAAGGGGGAAGGCCGAUCCCUCUCCACGCGACGGACCAGAACAUGUUUCUCAACCUGGUCUCCUUCUGCCAGGACCUUCUCCCGACGUGUCGCCCAGACCUUCUUUUGGAAUGGGUUCCCAUCCUCUGCCCGGAGCUCGUGAAACGGUCUUUGGAACGGCCGUUGGUAAGCGGGUUUUACCGGCUGGUCACCCUGGUAUUCCGCGAGACCGCUCGCUCGGGGUAUUUCGAUGACCACACUGUGUCACCAGAGACCCCUUGUGAUCAGGCCGUGCUGUGCCCCCCCUCGUACCUUGAGUGGAUGACGGUGCGCCUGGGCGGCUUCCGCGACGAGCUCCUGGCCGCCUGCACGGAGACCCUCCUGAGCGCUCCGGUGGGAUUGCUGGGGGGGGAUCUAAGCCCCCUCGUCCCCGCCCUUAGGGCGGCGCUCACGUCCGGAACGUCGCACCUGCCGACCGCGGUGGUGGCGGUGGAAGCGCUGGAGAGGUGGAGGGAGGAGACCCCUAACCUGCUGUGGGCCCACUUGGGAGAGAUCCUGCCGCACCUAGACAAGCACCUGUCCGCCGGCCCCGGGGGCGACGGGGGAUCCGCCGAGAAAGUGAGGCGUUCCAAGGGCGGGAAGGCGGCGGGAUCUUCCGCUUCCGCUGGGGGGAGCGGGGACACCGCUGGAGAGGAGUCGAGGAGGAAGGACUUACGCAGGAGGAUCGUGCGAUUUCUUGGAAGGCUAGGAGGGAGGAACCAUCUGGUCGCGACCGAUGCCUCGAAGGCACUCUCGGACUCCCUGGCCUGGGACACGACGCCACGCAUCCUCCUCAACGUGCCGUUCAAGGACAGGCAGAACCCGCUCACGAUUUGCCUGGACGGGGUGCUCCAGAGGCUGGUCGAGCUGGCUCUGCACGAGGGGGCACGGCAGACCAAGACCCUGGCCGCGGAAUGCCUCCACGCUCUCGUGGUCUACAUGGUUGGCUGCACGGCGACGGACCCUUCCUCCGGGCAGCAGGGCCGGCCUGGAGACUUCUCGAAACUUUUUCGGCGGGUGUUUCCCGCGGUCCUGCGGCUUGCCGUGGACCUAGACGAGACGACGAGGACCCUCUUUUCGAAGCUGUCCAUGCAGCUCGUGCGCUGGUUCUCACAGGCGCAAACCGAAAACGACGACACGCUGGCGCUGCUGGACUGCCUAGGAGAGGGUGCAGCGGCGGAGGAAGGGGGGCCGCUAAGGGAGGUGUGCGCCAAGGGUGUCGUCGAGUUCCUCCGCUACGCCAUCAAGCAGUCAACGAAGAGGCAACAGGCGGAGGGACCCGUAGCAGUUGAUGCGCUCCUGACGCGGGUGUUCUCCCUCGCCACACACCCUGACAAGAACCGACGCCUAGGCGGCCUCAUGGCGUUCAAUCAGCUGUGCCGUCCGCUUCGGGAAGAGACUGCUCUGCUCAACAGGUACGCCCUGCGCCUGCUCCACGUGGCGCUGAUCUCCCUGCGACGGGCUCACCACGACCACUCGGCGCUCGGAGUGGCGGACGCGGCGUCCUCGGCCGUGGACCGCGCCCUGAGGGUAGUCCACGAGUCCAUCACCGAAAAGGGAGACAGAGGAGACCUCCUCAGGAAAAGGGACGAAAGGGGCGAACUGCGGAGCGUCGAGGAGAUGGCUGGUUGGGCUUGGGACCGGGUCGGCGCGGUUGAGACGCGAUUCCGCCGCAAGUGCAUGACCGUCCUGUUGGCACUGUGCCCGCUCGUCGUCGAAACGUUCGACGGCCUCGACGAAACCCCCUCGGAAAACGACGGCGCCCGCACCUGGGUGUGGCGGCGCCUCGAGGAAUCCGGCAGGGCCGGCAUAACGGAGGCGGUCCGAGUGUUCGAGAGCAGCGCGUCUCAGAGCCAAGCCUUCUCUUCGGCAGCAGUCGGGGGUGGUGGCUUCAAGGCCAUCGGGGGCGAACAGGGGGCGGAACUGCGCGAGAAUGAAACGAUGGAGUGGGACAGAAUCGCGACGGCCGCGGACUGCUACAACUUCGCCCGCGACACAGGGAUCAUUACGGCCGCCGAGCUGUUCCUUGGAGCGCCCAAGCGUGGCGGCGGCGGCGACGGCGGCGUCGGUGGUACCAGCCAGAAAAAGAGCCAGUCCUCCGGCAAAAAGCGGAAAGCUUCGUCUGCCCGAGAGGACGCGGCGGCAGACGGCAGUGGCGGUGGUGACAGCUCCAGCUACGGCUCAGAAGCUGCCGAGCCCCUCGUGGUCCGGUCGCUAGCCGGGGUCGUGGAACGUUUCGGGAAGUUUCUCGAGGACUUCCCAUUCCAAUCGCUUGCUGGGGAGGAAGAGCGUGAUGGCGAUGCCGGUGUCGUUCAGGGGGACGGGUUGCGACAUCCGACUGUUGCCAAUGUCAGCGGGACGGUAGCAGCGAGGCUGGCCGCGGAGGCGAGCCGACCUCUAGUGGUGGACGACCCGGGCCUGCUCCCGACGGAGCGGGCGGCCGCGCAGCUGUCCCGGGCGGUGCUCCUCCGCCGCGGUUUCACGCUCCUCGCCGGCUGCUUGUCCGACGACGGCGCCCGGAGAGACGAGAUGGCCGCGUUUCUGGUGAAAGAAGGCCUCUGGAGCCGCCGCGCGCACCUGGUCGUGAUAUACUGUCUCGUGUGGCCGUGGGCCGGGGAAUUUCUCCCUCGUGCUUCCGACGGGGACGAAGUGGAACAAUUCCUACCGGCAGCGGUGGAACGCCUUCUGAAGCACUGGAAAACCUUGGAUAAUGCCGCGGGGCCAGGAAACGGGCUUUCCGAGACCCUGCAGAGCCUGCUGCGAGUUCGGGUCUCCAAGGAAGACAGCGCUAGGCUCUCGGCCGCUAGCCCUAGCAGCGGAGAAGACGAUGCUGUCGACCUUUGCCAGUGGAUUUUGGCGCAGUCCCUUUCAUCCCAGCAGGCGUUGUCUCGCCCCUUCGUCUCCGGUCGUGCUGGCAGGAAACCCUCUACCGCACGCAGCAACGCCAGGCGUUCACCUACUCCUCCCGACGACGAACUCACGGGCCGCGUUAUUCGAGCGUACAGGUCUUUCGCGAACUCCGGGCUCUUUGGCAGUGUCGGCGGCGGCGGCGGCGAAGCGUUUCGCCUUGCCUCCGGGCUUUGGUCCACGGUUGUCCGCCUCCCGGAGGGGCUGCGGCCGGCGUCCGAGCACCGCGCAAAGACGGUUCUGCGGCUGUCGAUGGACCUAGGCCUUCCCACGACAACGGGAGCUACCAUCGGUGCCGCCUCCAUCCUCGCCGGCUUGCUAGAUUUGCACCCGGCGAAACGAGCGGCGGCAGCGUCUGCGGUAGGUGUGGGCGGCGCCACUCGUGGCUCUCUCUUCUACCGCCGAUUUUCCGAGCCAAUUCACGAUGCGCUGCUGAGGCGUGGAGCUGGCUGCCCUUGGUCCAGCGUGUGCAAGGCACUCGUGGAUGCCUGUUUGUCCACCACCGCCGGGGAGACGCGCGGUCACCACCCCUUGCUGGCAGCGCAGGCGUUUUCUGUCCUCGAAGGCGUUUUGAUCCUUCAGUCGGAGCGGGCGACGGGGGCGACGACCCUCACCUCGCGGGCCACGAUGGACCCGAGCGAGACGCUGAGCGUAAUUUUGCCCGAGUUUCGACGCCUCGUCGAGGACCCUGACUGGGGCCCGCCGCCGACCGCCGUGCGGGGGAAGACCGGCGGUAGCGCGGCCGUCGGGGUUCACGGCACGGGAAAAAUGCUGCGCGAAUCUCUCCGUCUCUGCCACCGCCUCCUCCGGCUGGCCGCGGCUGUUAAGUCCGGGUCUCCCAUCGCCACCUCGGCCAGCGGCAGCAGCGGUUCGUCCACGACGUCGCCGCCGUACUUUGAGCGGCUGCUGGAAAUGAGCGCCCUGUUGGUGGCGCGGACGCUGGGGUCGUCAUCUUCGGUUGUUGACGCCUCCACCAAGGCGGACGCUCUCACCCUUGUGCCGUUCUUGAGGCCGUGCAUCACGCGAAAAGCUCGGAACUACGGGCAUGCCGUCCCACACGCUGGGAGGCAAGGCGAAGGUGGAGCCGGUGGUGCCGGUGCCAGCGCAGGGGGUAAGGGGAAGUCCGACGGGCUAGUGAUGCCCGCUAUGGAGGAAAUGAUGUCGAUGCACUUCCCGAUCGACAACAGCCGAGAGCCAGCGGAAGGGUCGGAGCAGGCGACCGCGUUCGCGCUGCUGCUGAGGGGGCUGCUCGGUGCGUUCGUGAGGUGCGGGGACCUUGGCUUGCUGGAGCUGCUCUUCGGUACCCUAGCGGAAGGCCGGAAGCACCGGCACUACAGAUGGGUCGACAAGGCCCUGGAUGCCUUCGUUUCCGGGCUGGACAUGGAGGCGAGCGGCGUGGCGGAGGCCGUGCUCGGAUUCUGCCUGGACAAGCUCACCGCGGGGAGAGUCGGGGCCAGCGUCCGGACCAUCCUGUUCGACAAGGCCCUGGCGGACUCGGCGUUCAGGAAGAAGAAGACGAGCGAGGACGGUCCCGCCAAAGAGCGGCAAGAGGGGGACGAGGAGAAGGCUCUAACUCUCAAGGAUGUCACGCUCGGGGUUUGCAACGCCUGGAAGGCGGUGGUUGCCUCGGAGGAAAAGUUCAGCCAGAAUUGGCUCGAGCUGCGCUGCCGCCGGGCGGUGUUCUCCUGCGUAUGCACAGCCGUUCGCGCAACCCAGGACAAGGAGAAGUUCUUCGACAAGCUCGUGUGGUCGGACGCCCUCUACGCCAAGUCGUCGGGGCCGGGCGGGGGCAAGACCAGCGUGCUCGCCCUUGUCCUGAACAUGGAGACCGAGCACACGUUCGAAGUAAGCCCCAAGGUGUUCCAAUCGUCUCGGCUUCUCCCGGCGCGCCCUCCCCCGCUCGGCCGCGGCCGAAGCGCGGCGACUACGGGUCGCAGCCGCGGAGGCAUGACCGCUUCCUCGAUGCUCUCUCAGAGCAGUCUCGGGUUCGGCGGUGAUUCGCUGGCUGUGGUGGCGGGCGGUGACGGUGGUGCUGCGGACCCCGCCGCGGAAGACGAGAGAGAGACUUACAGCAGCCAGGCCGCGCUGACGGAGCCGGCGGGAGUUCCGGAAGGGGACGGAGAGCCGGGGACGGACUCCCAGCAUCCCCGGUCCCAGUCGCAGUCCCAGGGUGACAUGGCCCCGGUUUUCGGGCGUGGGGCUGUCGAGAGUGCUGGGGGCGGAACGCGGGGAGGGGGAAACGCGGAAGAGGACGCUGUGUUUCUCGAGAUGAGUCACGUGAACAAGGAGCCGUGCAUGCGGUCGCUGCUGCAGGUGAUGGUCGCCCAGCAGCGGCUGUUCGGAGACAGCUGGAACGAGCAGGUCGACCAGAGCAAUGGAAUGUUUGAGCCGGCGUGGUCGGUCAAGAUGAGGGCCAAGCUCGAAGACAUCGACCUCCCGCGAAACGUGCGCAUCCUGGCGUUCCAGUUCGCGCUCAACGCCCCGGUCUCGACCGCUCUGUUGCCGUGGGCGGUGCCGUGGAUCAAGGCCUUGUCCGACUUUGCUCUGGCGCCGCUCCCUGAAGAAAAAUUUAUGGAGUUUGUGGCAGAAACGUAAAGAGCUCCCAAAUGUUGGUGGUGUCUCUAGUAGGUGUAGGAACGGUGCUCCGUCUCGAAAGGGACGCGUGGUCAAUGGUCAAAUGACUACGGCAAGCAACAAAUGAGUACGCCC